AUGUCUACUAGUCUACCAGUUGCCACGUCAUCUCCACCAUCUCCCCCACAAAUUCCUCAAUCCGCCCAAAAUCCGUCAUCAUUUCCCACACCAUUCCCACACUUUGGUUAUUUAUUCGCCGCCGGAAAUCCGAUGGCGAAUCCAUUUUUGGCAGCAGCCGCAGCGACGCAACCUGCGACACCUGCGGCAGUUGCGGCAGCUGCAGCCGCCGCUGCUGCAGCUCAACAACAACAUCAGAAUCGAUUCAAGAUUAAAAGACAUCGACAAAGAGUGGAUGCGGGAGAGCCGAGAAAUACAUAUCAGGUUUGUAAAAGGGGCAUUUUUAAUUUAACACCGAAAUACUGA